AUGGAUUCUGCAGAGGCCCAGCGCACGACGCAGAACUCUGGCAUCAAGGUCCGCCGACCCCGGGCCGCUCGAGCGUGCGAUCUCUGCAGGGCGAAGAAGAACAAGUGCGAUGAGCUGUAUCCUUGCACCUAUUGCAAGAACCGCGGCGCAACAUGUGUCUACAAAGGCCAAGACAUGUCGAGGAGGCAUUACACACCGGAAUAUGUGAGACAACUUGAAGAACAGGUCAAGAGCCUCUCGGCUCUCGCAGAGUCUCAGAGCCAGAAGGCUCAAUCGACAGACGACAACGCCUCGGUAUCCGCAACUAUUCCCGAAAUAGCCGAGGGUUUCUCACCGGCAGACUGCAGCCUCCAACGGCGCCCAUCACGAAGCACGACUGUCGGCUCACCGUCAAAUGCACGCUCCAGGAAUGCUGCUGGCCAAGAGGUUUCCGGCGUCAACCGACACACUCGGAACGUGGAGUUCUACGGAAGCUCGUCGUCAGUUGCUCUUCUGUCACAUGUGCAGAGAACCGGUGAAGAGCCUGUGAUAUCGAACGACUUGGACUCAGAUGCGGGAACUUUGCUAUCAAAUCUUCACAAUCCCGCCUUUUCAUCACCGGCAGCCGAUCAGCCCCAGGGAGGACCAGCUCACACUGGUGAGGAGAGGUCGUCUGCGAGGCCGGUAACUCACUACCCACAAUGCCGGCAUUUCCUGCAAAGUUUCUUUUCUAGUAUACACUAUGUGCAUCCUAUCCUCGACAAGAAAAUCUUCUUCGACCGCUGCGAGAUGAUUUGGUCGAACCAAGAAGCUGCGCGGACGCCAUCGAGUUUCAUAGCUUUGUAUUACAGCAUUCUGUCUUUGGGCGCCCUUAUUGGAGUGCGAGAGGAUGAGCCCAUUGAUGGGAUCGAGAACCUGCAAUGGAGCAGGAGGUUCUUUGACGAGGCGAAGAGGCGGUGUGAUCAACUGGGAAUGGUCACUGAUCUGGAAAUGGUCCAAUGCUACUUCUUUUUGGCGAAAGUUUGUCAAAAUGAGUUGAACGCGCAUUGGUCGUACAUGUACGUUGGACUCGCCGUCAGAACAGCACUGGCAAUGGGUAUCAACCGCGAACCUGGCCCAGGAUGCAAGAAAGAUCCAGCAGAGCUAAGAGCUGAAACGAGAACGUGGUGGGGUUUAUACUCAUUAGAAACCGAAAUGUCUUUCUCGAUGGGCAGACCUGACACAUUAGGAGCUGACCUCUACCACAACCGACAAUUUCCAAUUAUUGGUGAAACAGAAAACGAGUACUCAUCUAGCUCAGACCUCGUGGAUCCUCCGUCUUGCGCCAUCAUCAAAUCGAUGGUGGACUACUCAAAAGUCAUCAGAAGCAUCUGCUUGGGAAUCUACUUGCCAGAGACGACGGUUCCGAGAACGGUUACCCUGGCGCACCAGAUCGAUCAAGACUUGCAAAAGUGGGUUGAGAGCCUUCCGGAGCCGAUUCGGCCGACAGGGACGGUUCAGCCGCGUUCACUGAAGAGCGCCAAGGAGGCUCAAUGGAUGAAGAGGCAACGGCUCGUCUUGACUAUGCGCUAUCUCAACUUGAAGAUUCUCCUCUUUGGCUCGAUACUUCUCACGUCGUCUUCUGCGGAGCGUGCAUCAAUCCCGGGAUCACACGAGGGCAUUCAGACGUGUCUUGAAUCUGCCAAGCAAACGAUUGAAAUCAUCUACCAGACUUAUCAACAUCAUGAUUUCUUCCGCACAUGGUUCUACAACACAACAUACACGGUGUUUGCGGCUUCGAUGAUUUUGGUGUAUGUCACUCAAGAGGCUGUAGAGUCAGAACUGCAACCCCUUCUUAAACUCGUCGGCAUGGCCAUAGAAAUUCUCGAGACCAUGGACGAGUGCGUAGUGGCCUUGAGAUCGGCCAAGCUUCUGCAUAAAGCUAUUGAGAAGGCCGAGAAGAAGUUCUCGGCAUCAACACCGUCCGCGGCUAUGAUACCAGCCAUGCCACCCGCGGAUGCAAUGUUGCAACUGAACCAUUAUUGGGGCCCCUUGAACAUCCUCGACAAUGAGAUGGACUUUGGGUUUGCGAUGCAGUUUGCGGAUUUCGAGGGAACGAAUUCGCUGUUCAUGGCGUUGGAUGAUCAAAGAACCAUGUAA